CCUUUUCCUCUGAUUGUGCAAUAAUUCCACCAAGAUCUGCAAUUUAAGCCACAAGUUUCAUUGGGGUUCACAGCUUUUUAAAGCAGAGUGGGUGUGUUUUUGUGCAGAGAAGAGAAGAACAAGACAAAGGCCAAGGCAUGGAGGUGGGUCAGAUGCAGAGGAGGUUGGUCGACUACACAAAAUCCUUGUUUAUGGAGGGGUUCUUGGAUUCCCAGUUUUUACAGCUUCAGCAGCUACAGGAUGAGAACAAUCCAGAUUUUGUUGUUGAAGUAGUUUCGCUCUUCUUUGAAGAUUCUGAAAAGCUCCUCAAUGAACUCACUAGGGCUCUAGAUCAAACGAAUGUGGAAUUCAAAAAGGUUGAUGCUCAUGUUCAUCAGUUGAAGGGUAGCAGCUCCAGCAUAGGUGCACAAAGAGUUAAAAAUGCCUGCAUUGCAUUUCGGAAUUUCUGUGAGGAGCAGAAUACUGAAGCGUGCAUGAGAUGUCUGCAACAAGUGAAACAAGAGUAUUACCUUGUGAAGAACAAGCUUGAAACUAUGUUUAGGCUUGAGCAACAAAUUGUGGCAGCUGGUGGAUCAAUUCCUAUCAUAGAAAUGAGCUCUUAACACCCUGAACGGAAGGAAACGAUUGAUGGGUGGUUUGUGGAGUAACAUAUAUGGUUUUGGAGAUCCACUUCUUUUCUGGCACAAUAUUAGGUUCUGGUUUCGACUAAUGAAUCUUGUGCUUGUAUGACGCCAGUUCCACUCCUAAGCAGAGAAACUUUUUGUUUACCUUUCUCUUAUUAUCACGCUUUGUUCCUUUUAUCAUGUGUAUCUUGUCGUGCUAGUGAACUUCUCAAGUUGCCAAUUUGAAAAUGUCCAGUGUUGCUUAAAUGGCUAAGCAAUAGCUUAAAUUACAAUUUAUGAAUGAUUGAUUGUGUCAAAUUGCUUCAAAACCUUCCCCCAUCUUAUGCAUGAAAAAUAAUCAGGAACUGCUCCU